UGAAUGCAGCAGCAGCGGUCCGGGCUGAGCUCAGCUCUCCUCACCAACUCACACACUGUAUCGAUGAAGUUGUUUCAAAGAUGGCGGACUUCCUGCCGUCCCGCUCCCUUUUAUCGUUAUGUUUUCCUAACUGUUUCCUCACGAGCGGGGAGGCAGAGCAGCUGCGGAGGUCGAAGGAGAUAGAUAAGUGUAUUAAUCGAGAUAAGACUUACGUUAAAAGGUUAGUAAAGAUCUUACUACUCGGAGCGGGAGAGAGCGGCAAGUCCACCUUCCUCAAACAGAUGCGCAUUAUCCAUGGGGAGGACUUCGAUCAGAAGGCCAAAGAAGAAUUCAGAGCCACGAUUUUUAGUAAUGUUAUUAAAGGUAUCCGGGUGUUGGUAGAUGCGCGGGAGAAGCUUCACAUCCCAUGGGGCGACCCGUCCAACCAGCAGCACGGGGAGACCAUGAUGGCGUUCGACACCCGAUCCGCCAUGGCCCACGGUCACGGCAUGGUGCAGCCCAAAGUCUUCCAGCACUACCUGCCGUCCAUCCGGGCCCUGUGGGCCGACGAGGGCAUCCAGAACGCUUACGAUCGGCGCCGGGAGUUCCAGCUGGGCGAGUCAGUCAAGUACUUCCUGGAUCAUUUGGAAAAGCUCGGAGAGUCAGACUACCUUCCCAGCCAACAGGACAUCCUGCUGGCCAGGAAACCCACCAAGGGGAUCCAUGAGUACAACUUUGAGAUCAAGAACGUUCCCUUCAAGAUGGUGGACGUUGGCGGUCAACGGUCGGAGAGGCGCCGCUGGUUCGAAUGCUUCGACUCGGUCACCUCCAUCCUCUUCCUCGUCUCUUCCUCUGAGUACGACCAGGUGCUGAUGGAGGACCGGCAGACCAACCGGCUCAGUGAGUCGCUCAACAUCUUCGAGACCAUCGUUAACAACCGGGUCUUCAGCAACGUCUCCAUCAUCCUGUUCCUCAACAAGACGGACCUGCUGGAGGAGAAGGUGAAGCAGGUCUCCAUCAAGGACUACUUCCCCGAGUUCUCGGGCGAGGCCGGCAACCUGGCGGCCGUGCAGCACUUCCUGGUGGAGUGCUUCCGCCGGAAGCGGCGCGACCAGCAGCAGAAGCCACGCGACCAGCAGCAGAAGCCGCUCUACCACCACUUCACCACGGCCAUCAACACGGCGAACAUCCGGCUGGUGUUCCGCGACGUCAAGGACACCAUCCUGCACGACAACCUCAAGCAGCUGAUGCUGCAGUGAGGGAGCAGACCGGAGUGAGUGGAGGAGGGGGUGAUGCAGACAGAACCGGGUGACCCAGUGCCUUCAUGCCUACAGUAUCCCUGCACCCCCCCUAACCCCAGCUCCCCUCCUGCUCCUGCUUGAACUCAGACUGGGUAUUAAAGCCACCACUACUAUCCCCAACCCCCACGCUGGCUGCCUGCCUUACUGUGACUGAUAACAGCCAGCUGCGGCUGAGAGCGCCCCCCCUCUGAAAGAGACCUCUGUGCAGUAUUCCAUCAUGUGUUGCUCUGAUACUCUGACCAGUGUUAGUCAGUAUUAGGAAUCCUCCUGUAGCGUCUAAUCAUGUCAUGUCCUCUAAUCUCUGAUCGUACUGAUGAAUUCUGUUCUCCGCUUGCCGAUGGGCCCCAUCAUCUCUGGACCUUCCAGCUCUAACCGGGGCUUCCACUCGGGGCUCAGCAGGAACCCCCAGGAUUUGAGGCCGAUCAGAACCGCCAGGACACCGGGUCCGGACGCGAGGAGACUUCCUGUGCUUGGAAAGCAGAAGUCUGGCCUCGUUCAGGCCCCGGGCUGAUGAAGGGUUUUAGUGUUUAGUGUGCAAGAAGAUUUUUUUCAGCUUCCUAGGAGCUUUUCAGAGCAGCUCUUCCUCAGAUCAACGAUGCCAAACCGUUCCCUCCUCUAUCAGACCUUUACUUUCUUUGAACCACUUAAAGUGAUGACAGUAAAAAGCUGCCGUGGCCCACUUUGUAUUUACUGCCUGAGAUGUUCUGAAUGGUACCGGUACCUGACCCACCUGGCCCUUCCUCACCCUGGUUUCCAAAAAAAGGGAGUACUGCUACCUGUGUGCUACUCCACGGCUCCCCCUACUGGCCGCUUCUAUUGUAUGUAGAUCUGAAGUGGAGGUCAGAGGUGAAGUGCCUCCAAUGAUCUGCUGUUUUCUGAAUGGAUCAGAACAUGAAGGCUCUGAUCCAUCAGUUCAGUCUGAACGGUCCGACUGAUCUCUGUAAAUCUCUGACCCGUUUUGUUGGUUCUAGCUUUAGAGACAAGACGUCACACUUUGUGACAGAGAGCCCUCACUGUCACUCUUGGUUCACGACAGAGAGGAACCGGAGUUGAUAUUUUAAAGUGUCUUCAGCAUCUUUUGGUAACGAUAAGUGCGGUUUCCAUCACUUAGCUCUAUCUGGAAAACGUUAGUGAGCUUCAUUCAGCCUUCCUGUUAUCUACUCAGUUCACCUUGAACUGCAGACAUGGAGAAAAUCCUGCUUCAUGUGUCUUCCUCUGAUUGAUACGAAAACGGCUAACGAGGAGUCCCAUUAGCUGAGUUAUGGUUGGACAGAAGGACGAGACCAAACUACAGGACGACUUGAAGGAAGAGUUUUGCAGAUCUUUAGAUGGAGCAGGCUGGCUAACGGCUGAGAUGUGUUUAUGUUGCAGUGCCAGACAAGAAAGUUCUGUCCGUAUGUGUGUGUGUGUGUAUAGAUGAAGCAACACUCUGUUUACACACACAGAGACACUCUGUGUUCCUCCUGCUGCUGCUCCGUCCAGAGGAGUGUCCUCUGUCUGGACUGCUAUCUUGCCAUCCCGUCGGAUUGGCACCGACAGUGACUUUUAGUAGAAGGAAGGCUGCUGUCCCGCCUGCCGUGUGUGACUACUAGAGUCUAAGCGGACAUGAGUUGGUUCCAGCAGAUGGCGCUAACAGCUAGCCUGAGACGGAUCAAGGCAAGAGGCGACACCUGCUGACCUGCAGCAACUUUAACCUCUGGGUGGUUUAAGCCAAGGUGUCACUUUUUCACUGGGACGUUAUUUAUGUAGCAACUGGAAGCCAUUCACACAGGAAGUGGAGGUCAGAGGUGAAGUGCCUCCAAUGGCCUUCAUGUAUAAAACAAUGUUCACUUCAACUGGUGUAAUAUUUUUUGCUUGUUUUACAGUGUUUUUACUUUUAUAUCACAGUUACUCUGAAAAUAAACACUUUGCAUGUCCCAUUCUUAGUGAGUGUUUCACACAGGAAGAUCAUAGGUGACACACUGCCUCCAACCCCUAUUUCCUGUUUAAAUGUUUCUCAGGUUGUGUAAAAAGCUUAAAGAAUGAUAAAAGGCUAGUUACAUAAGCCGCUUUGGUUGUUUUCCGAUUGGACUUUAACUAGAACCAACUAACGUAGAGUUCUGAAGACUCGGUGUUUGAUGUACCUCAGCUGCUCCUUUAACAGAAGCUCACCUUGGAAUUCCUGAACUGUCCCUUUAAAUAAGGUAGCGGAUGCUGAUUCUUUUUUUACUUGUGGUUUGCACUAAGACAGAUGUGGGAGAGGAACAUCUGGUGCUGAUGUUUGGACUUCUACGCUGAGUGUGAGGAAGGCAGAUUGAGCACUUGCUGAUUUCGAUUCGUUUCCUGCUGUUCUGAACGAGUGGCCCGCAUAAUUAGGUGUUUUUGUCAUUUAUUAACCUCAGGAUAUUUCUAACACUUUGUACCUUCAGGGUGCUGCCUCUGCAGACUGUGGGUUGUAAACGUUCUGUGUUGUGUUGGUACCGCAGAUGUAAAUCUGCUGCAGCAGCUCCAUGGAGGUCCCACUCUGACCUGUUUUUAGACAGAGGUAAACGCCUGAUUGGCUGGUUACUCUGCUGAACGUCUUCUGAAGUUUUUAUUGGGCUUCAAAUAACUUGUUUUUUUUUAAGCUGGCAUGUGAAAUUGGACCAACAGCAUUUUCUUAUGGAUACUUUGAAGUAUUUUUUGGACUAAACUUCAAGCCUACUUUUACAUGUCAUGCCCCCACACUCCUGAAACAUGUCUCCAUGGCAACUCUGCAAACAUUAUGAUUCUGAUUAACUUUUUCUGACAACACUGAAGCCUUAUAUGAUGCAAUCUCACACUCUUAAGGGUUACUGUUCUUCCAAACCUCCAGAUGUUGCACAAUAUGUCUUACUGUCUCUGGUUGCCUUCUACCGUUUUCCUGUUGCUGGUGCUGAAAGUUGCCUCCUCUGGUUGGUGAACCUGACUCUUCAGACCCAUAACUACAGUUUUAGGUGCAGAUUUUGAAGUUUCUCUGCAGAUACAGAAAAGAAACACAUGUCUGAUUCCCCUUUGAAGGAAGUCAGCUUUUGCAAGGUCUAAGCUCUGAUGCAGCACUACUCUAUAGGAAUGAGAGUUUUUAUGCCGCCAUCUUGUUUAAACUAUGUUAGCAACAGUUUAUUAGCCUCUUUGUCGACACACAGAAUGCCAUGUCUUUGUGUAAUGUUACCACUAAAUAUUGCAUUUGUGCUCCCAGAUUGGGUUUGUUCUGAUAAAACAGCUUUGGCUGUAAAGUCUAACUUAUAAUGUCUUAACCGCCGACACUCCUCAAUAAAUCAGCUGAUUUUUAACGACUA